AUGUUUCACCAAAGAUCAGUCAAACCAAACUGCAAAAGCAACUCGUGAUGCACAAACAAGGAAAACUCUGACCUCUGAGAAAGAAGUACAGUCGGCUGACCCUGCUGUUCUACGAUUUGCUCUCUGGCUGCUGGCUGCGUGUUUAGCCAGGUAAUCACCUGCUAAGCCUCUCUAAAGGUGACAGGUCAAAGAGAAGGACAGGAGUCAUGUCUGACAGGAGUCUCUGAAAUCAUUUACGACCAAGACGGACCAAGAAGCGCUCUGCUCCUGCGUCUCAACUCCCUGCCGUUUUCCCGCCACUUAGGUUAGAGAUCCGACAAGCAGCAUGCCCAAAGCAGCAGACAGGACCUCUUCCACAACGUCCGCCGAUUCAGCCUUAGGAGACGGCAAAGAUGGCGGCUCCAAAACUAGCACAGCCACAAACUCCCCAUCGGGUUCGGUUUCUGAGACACCGAAGAAAUCCUCGAAGAAGGCCAAGAAAAACACGGAGAGCAUGAACAAAGUCUACAACUCCAUCCUCAACAGUGUUUUUGGGGCCGACAGAGACCUGGCUCAGGCUGAAAUAGACGAGUUGCAAGAAGCCUUCAAGGAGUUCGACUACGACCAGGACGGCUAUCUGAACUACAAAGAUGUGGCCGAAUGCAUGAGGACCAUGGGAUACAUGCCCACCGAGAUGGAGCUGCUGGAGAUCGUACAGCAGAUCAAGAUGAGAAUGGGCGGCUUAAUGGACUUCGAAGAUUUUAUUGAACUGAUGGGACCGAGGAUGAUGGGAGAAACCACAAACAUGCUGGGACUCAAGGAGCUCCAGUCAGCCUUCAUACAGUUUGACUUGGAUGGAGAUGGAAAGAUAAACCAGGACGAGAUGAAGGAAGCUCUGAAAAGUCUUCUGGGGGAGAAGCUGAAGAAGGGAGAGCUGGAGGAGAUCCUGAAGGAGCUGGACGUCAAUGCAGACGGAAGCAUCGACUUCGAAGAGUUUGUGAUGAUGCUUUCUAUUCACUGAAAUCACGAAGCAACAUCUACAUGGGCUUACGACAAGCACUUACAGACGAUGGACAAAAUGUUAAACAGUUAUUUUGUAAAUCUUGCUUCAAUGAAGACAAAUACAGAUGUUUUCAAAACAUGAUUUUGUUUCUAAUGUGGAUGUAGUCUUUUAGUGUUCAACUAUGGAGCUGUAAAAAAAACUGAUUUGAUUUGCAUUGUACUGAAGGCUGAAAGGUAUUUCAGUAAGUGACCGAGUUUGUUGCUUUGUCAUAUGUAAAUAAAACAUAAUCCCUUUUUUUGCUAUUUUAAUAAAUAAAUUCAAAUGC